GUGAGUAGGGCUGACAGACUAGAGCCUGCAGAAGGAGCUGGCCUCCUCCCAGGGUAUGAUGGUGCUGUGGUGGGGGGUUUAAAUUCCCCCCAAAGACCAAUCAGGCUUCCGUCAGAUGCAAAACGCAGAAACUACAAGAACUUUCUAGAAACCGGCACCAAUAUACAGAAAGCUUCAGAGCGCGCUCAGCACCUUAUUUGAAUUCAUUGCCAGAACCAAUCAAGAAGUGUGGUGCUAGUUACUUUAUGGUGGUACGUUUACCCUCCACAUUCACGUCUCGUGAAAAUUUGCCGUAAGUGUAAAAACUCCAAGCGCAAGUCUGUCCCACCAAUAACCAGCGAACACCUGGAUAUAUGCAGAUUUUCAAAUUACAGGGAAGCCAGGAGUAGACAGUAUCCCUGUCAGUCAUUUAGCCGCAACCAAUUGGGACCUUGGAAGGCAGGGCCAUAGACAGUACAAAAGGAGCCCGCCGGCUCAAGUUGAAGUCUAUUUCUUCGGGGGUCGCGAAGUGGUCUUGCAGCAGGGCGGCGGCCUCAGCUGUGAGCUAAAGCAGCGUUGGCUCCUGCAAGCUGUCUUAAGGAGCUGGCAGCAGAAGGAUGUGGACUGGAUUGUAGUAAGAAAACUUCUGGAGUCAAGGGAGUGUUGGAGUCCUGCUCAGGUGUCUUUGUUUCAGAUUAGAGUCACUGUUCCAUACAACACCUAACUUCAAGGCCUGAUUGCCUGCUUAGGAAAGGCAUAAUUCCAUCCUGUUUCCAUCUGGGCUGCUAAGUGCCUGCCUUUCUCAAGAUCUUUGUGGAGAGGCUUCGAUAGAUGAAUGCAGCUGAAGACGGAGAUAGCGUGUACAAAAGGUGAAGUUGAAAAACAAAUUGAAACUUCAAGAUUGUCAAUUAUUCAGGAAUAAUACAUUCAGUUGUCAAGAAAACAUGGAUGCCGUGAUGGUACAUGGUUUUGUCCAAAUGUGGGAGAAGAACAGUGGGAUGUCAAAGUCAAAAGAAGCAUUCAUUGAAACAGUGCCAGGAAGGAAGAAAGAUAAACUAGUGAUCUAUUUCAAUGCUGAAAAAAUGAGAACUUUCCAGCUAACUGAUAACAUUAAAAGUGUGGUCCUUAGAUCCCGUGAAGAUGACCAAAAUCACCUGCAUUUAACUUUCCAGAACAAUAACUUCUUGUUCAUUGAAAGAUUGUCCUCCUCAGAUGCCCAAGAAUUGAAGUUAUACCUGGACAGAGUCCACCAAAAGAAGCUUGAACCAUCCAUGAGAGCUCAUAAAGACAAGCCUAUCUCUAUCAGCAAAGCAACACAGCAAGAAAUCAGUGAAAGUUCAACUUGCAACAUUGCUAAGAAUUCCAAAAGUGGAUCCCGUGAGACAGCAAAAGGGAGUGUGUCACCUGUCCACCAGAAGAUACCUAAAAAGUCAGUACUUAAUUGCAAAAAACUAUUGGAAGAUCAGCAUGGGAAGAGGAAAAGGAUGUUGUCUGAUUCAGAGAUAAAUGAGAACAAAAGUCUCACGAAAGAUCCCACAAGAAAGAAGAAAUCCGACAGGAACAUCUUGAAGUGCAUAAGCCACAGUUUGAAGUUAAAAGAGAAUAAGAAAUUAGUACUCAAUUCUUCAUUCAUGACCGAGUCUUCUGAAAACCCUUGCCUAAAGGGCAGUGAAAUUCUCCAAACUCUCACUGAGGAAAUGUUUUUGGCAUUUAUGUUGAAACAAAAGUACAGUGAGUAUUUCCCAGAGUGGGAUAAAUUAGGGAUAUCCUUUGACUUUCACCCAGAGAAAAUAUGGCAAGGCCUCCCCAAUUUGGGAAACACCUGUUACAUGAAUGCAGUUUUGCAGACCCUGUUUUCAAUUCCAUCGUUUGCUGAUGAUUUACUCAAUCAGCGUUUCCCAUGGGGUGGAAUUCCUGUUGAUGGUCUUAGCACGUGCUUGGCACAGCUGCUCAUUUUGAAAGGUAUUUAUAACGUGAAAGUUAAGGAGAAGUUACUUGUGAAUGUUAAAAAUGCCAUUUCAGCAGUUGCAGAGAUAUUCUCUGGUGAUACACAGAAUGAUGCUCAUGAGUUUUUAGGCCAUUGUUUACAACAGGUGAAAGAGAAUGUAGUAAAUUUAAAUACAAUGUGGAUGAAUAAAAAUGAAUCUGAGGAAGAAAAUUCAUCUCAGGAUGAGUUUGCUAGUAGUAGUGCCAGCAAAAUGCCUGCUUGUCCUGUCAUCACCAAUUUUGAGUUGGAGUUGCUGUGCUCCAUUAUCUGUAAGGGUUGUGGUCAGUUUGUUAUAAAGAUGGAACCAAGUAAUUAUCUUUCCAUCAACCUUCCUCAAGGAAAGAAAAUGUUUCCUGUAUCCAUUCAGUCUACUUUGAAUAAUUUCUUUUCAGCAGAAGAGCUUGAAUACAAAUGUGGGAAGUGUCAGCACAAGAGAUCUGUUGCAUUUCACAAAUUUAAUAGGCUACCCAGAGUCCUUAUCAUUCAUCUGAAACGCUAUAGCUUUAAUGACUAUUGGUCGAUAAGGAAGGAUGACCAAGAAGUCAUUAUUUCCAAAUAUUUAAAAUUGUCUGCUCAUUGCAAUCUAAACACCAAACCACCAUUUCCCUUGAGCAAGAAUACACAUCCGAGGGAGUUGCAAAUUUUAAAAAUUUUUCAAACAGUUAAUUCUGGAAUAAUCAGCUCACCACCUUCAAAGAAUUCGGCAUCCGAUUUGAAGAAGUCUCUGGAUCUACCCGUUGCAUCAUACGAUGAGUCUAACAAAUUCCAGAGAAUCUUUAAAGGGUCGAAAAAAGGAAAGAAGCAAAAUGACCUUGGAAAAGACUCUAAAUUGAAUACGGUAGAGGCAGAAUUUGUAAACCCAGGAGAUAAGACACUUCGUGAAAAACAACCAUUAGCUGGCUCAGUGAGGCAUUUAGGAGACACCUCUCUUUCUCUGAAUCGCAAAGGUAGAGGUAAACACACCACAAACCCAUAUACUCGUCUUGAAGCUCUUCUUCAAAAACUGACUGAAAAUCGAAAACUACAGGUGUAUGGGAAAACCAGUGUGCCUGUGGAAUUAGAUUCUGAUGGUGUCACCAAGACUAAAGAUUCUUAUGAAAAUAAAAAGCACACGAUUCAAGAAGGAUCCCCAAAAGUGGCUAACCAUAUCCAGAAGUGUGCUGGGGUGAGAAUUUAUAAACAAGCUUCUCAACAGGUACCUCCUCAAAGCCUUCCAAAGUCAAAAGCCCAGAAACAAGCAGAGAACCUCACAAGAUCUACAGAAUUCAGUUUCCAGGCAGUUAGUGCGAAUCAUGUAAGUGCAUUGGGUUCCAAUACGAACCCCGGAAACAAAGGCAUCUUUGGUGAGAAGAAGAUGGACUCUAAAGCCCAGGAGCCAAAAAUAAAUACCGAUAAAGCAAAUCAUACCUAUCGUCUCAUUGGUGUUGUCAGCCAUCUUGGGUCAUCCCCAGAUUCAGGUCAUUAUAUCAGUGAUGCCUACGACUUUGAAAGGCAAGCCUGGUUCACUUACAAUGAUCUGCAUGUGCAAAGUAUCCAAGAGGCCCCGAUGCUGAAUUCUAGGGCUUGUACCGGAUAUGUCUUCUUUUACAUGCAUAAUGAUAUCUUUGAAGAGCUGUUGAAAAGGGAGAAGAACUCCCAGCUUCCCUGCACUGGGGCAAGAAAGACCCCUCAGAAGAAAUAACAGGAACAAACCCCUCACUGCACAGAUCUGCUUGACUUGCUCACUAUAUCUCUACCUUGGAAGGAAAAAUCUAAACUGUCUCCAGAGAAGAAAAGAGGUGAUUUUUCCAAGACCACAGUUCAAGCAGAAAUACAGGAAAAUCUCUAUUGAAGCCCUGACGCAGACACGUCAAGAAUGAACAUUCUUCUCUCCUGCUAGAUCAGGACUGUGAUUUCCAUCUUUUAAUGCAGUCAUUUUGGAAUUGUGCUUCCCAAACAUCAGAAGCAUUGAGGAACCCAUUGAAAAUGAAAAAUGAAAAUCUUGGGUUCCACUGAAGAUCUACUGACUCAGAAACUUGGGGUUGGGAGGUAGCAAUCUGACGGAGACCAAUGCCUGAUAAAGUUUAAGAAUCACAAAGUGUGUAGAGUACAUUGGUGUAUUUUGUUGUUGAAUUUCUUAUGUUAAAGGUUUUGAUUACAUUUUAUAUAUUUUUAUGUUCAUAUAUGCUUUUCCUUUGUGAGAUUAUUAAUACCAAAUCCUCACUCUUUGCUGAUAGUACUCAGCAAUUUGGUCAAUAAAAAGUUGCUGAGGGCCGGCGCCGCGGCUCACUAGGCUAAUCCUCCACCUUGCGGCGCCGGCACACGGGGUUCUAGUCCUGGUCGGGGUGCCGGAUUCUGUCCCGGUUGCCCCUCUUCCAGGCCAGCUCUCUGCUGUGGACCGGGAGUGCAGUGGAGGAUGGCCCAGGUGCUUGGGCCCUGCACCCCAUGGGAGACCAGGAAAAGCACCUGGCUCCUGGCUCCUGCCAUCGGAUCAGCGCGGUGCGCCGGCCGCAGCGCGCCAGCCGUGGCAGCCAUUGGAGGGUGAACCAACGGCAAAGGAAGACCUUUCUCUCUGUCUCUCUCUCUCACUGUCCACUCUGCCUGUCAAAAAAAAAAUUAAAAAAAAAAUUUGCUGGAAUCCUGGAAACUGUGUCCAACCAGAUUUUAGCAAUACAUAUUAAAUGAGGUUGAUAACUUUUCAAUCCUCUUGGUCAUAUUUAGGUGAUACUGAACAUCAAAUCAAGUCUCCAGAUUGGCUGAACUGUUCUUUUUCCUCAAUACCAAAUGAGCAAUCAUCUUGAAGAUGGAAAAGUUGAUUUGCUUUCAAGAAAUCGGUCCACUUUUCCUAUAUGCUAGCAAGUUGUUGGGCCUUGGUGGUCUGAGCCCACCUUGCCAUCUUGGUUUUCCUUAGAAGGGUGCUUGAAUUCCUUGUAGGAUCUUUGCUUACCAGGACUUUAUCUGUGAAACAUUGAACAAUUCUUUUGAAAAAACAUUGCAAGACUAAUUCCCAAUUUCUUUUAUAUCUCUGUUUUAUAGUGUGAUGGCCUCGUUUCUUUAAUGAGUAAAUAAUACAUCCUUUAAGUACCUGUAGUAUUUGGAAGUCUUACUUGUUAGUAAUCUUAUAGAACAUCAGAAAUACCUGUAUUGUAAAUGUUUUGCUUUUAGUACAAUUUGCAUGUAUACUGGGGUGCUCCUAUUCUAUAGAAAUUGAACAAUAAUUCUGAUGCCAAACAUGUACCCAUCUCUGUAGCAGUCUUUUAUUGCCUUUGAAGCAGUAAAUUUGUAGUGCCUUGCCACCUUUUUAUGAACAAGUGAUUGGUAUGAAUCAGCUUUAUUACAGCAUAUACAGGGAUUGAUUUUCAGUCCCACCUUUAUGAGCAUAAGUGUCCCUCAUUUGUAUACCUGUAUUCAAAUGGAAGAGAUUUUGAUCCUCUCAAUCUUAGGUUCCUUUAAAGAGCUGUAUUGUUUCCAAGGGGAGAACUAUAUUCCAAAGUUUGAGGUUUCUUCUCUUGUUCAGAACAGAGUAUCAAGAACGAGGUCUGAAUGAGACCUGGAGUUAGCAUAGAUAUAUAGGGGGGGUGUCCUAGGUCGAACUAAUUGCUUCUGUGGAAGAAACUGCACAAUAGUGAGAGAAUGUACAACUUCUGUAUACUUCAGCAGCUGCAGUAGCAUUUAGAGUAUAGGAGAAAUAUUUUGUUAAAAGUUCAGGCGUUUAAGCUAUUCAGAAUAGUUAAUUCUGAGCCCCUUACAUACCUCAGAACAGCAUGCUGUUUUGGUAAGAGUGAAGGAGUUGCUAGUUCUUAAAAGGGUAUGAAGACACCAAUAGCUAACUUUUUUUUAGUGGUAUGGAAUUGUACAUCCUUGAUGUGCUCCUCUGUAUGUGGUACCUUCAGAUACAGGGCAAACUGAAAGGUGAAGAUGAUGUCAGGGUAUCUAAGGGAGGAUCUUUGGUGGAAUCCAUCAUUGUCCUGUGAGAAAAUUCUUGGGUGCACAAUAAGCAAUUGUAUGUUACCUACAUGUUAAUUUGUUUUUUCAAAUAAAA